AUGGCUCCCUCAAACGAUACCUCGUUCGCUGGCCAUGUCGCCAGCCAAUUCACUAGCUACGAAAAAGACCGACAGAUGAAGUCCACAGAGACCACAUAUGCCUCAUCGAAUGGCGCCCCACAGCCGUUCUCGUAUGAAGCUCAACGAGCAGGCGAGAACGGACCCCUCCUGCUUCAGGAUUUCCACCUGAUCGACCUGAUCUCACACUUCGACCGCGAACGUAUCCCAGAGCGUGUCGUCCAUGCCAAGGGGAGCGGCGCUCAUGGCUUCUUCGAAUGCACGGAUGCCGCUGAAGACAUCUGCAUGGCGGACAUCUUUAGCGCCAAGGGCAAGAAAUGCCCGGUCACCGUCCGCUUCAGCACCGUUGGUGGUGAAUCUGGCUCCCACGAUCUGGCUCGCGACCCACGUGGCUUUUCGGUCAAGUUCAGGACCGAAGAAGGCAACUGGGACCAUGUCGCCAAUAACACCCCCGUCUUCUUCCUACGCGACCCUGCCAAGUUCCCCCACUUCAUCCACACGCAGAAGCGCGACCCACAAACGCAUCUGACCCAUGCCGACGACUCCACAAUGUUCUGGGACUACCUGAGCCAGAAUCCCGAAUCUAUUCACCAAGUCAUGAUUCUCAUGGGAGACCGCGGUAUCCCCGAUGGCUACCGCCACAUGCACGGCUACAGUGGCCACACCAUGAAGCUCGUCAACAAGUCUGGAACCUGGGUCUACGCUCAGAUCCACAUGAAGUCCCAGCAGGGUGUCAAAUGGAUCUCACAAGAGGACUCAGCCAACUACUCGCCCGAUUACUCUCAGAAGGACUUGUUUGAGGCGAUCGACCGGGGCGAGUUCCCCAAAUGGUCAGUCGAGGUCCAGACAAUGACGCCUCAAGAGGCCGAGAAGCUUUGGGAGGAGCAGAAGAUCAACGUCCUUGACUUGACCCACGUGUGGCCCCAGAAGCAGUUCCCUCUACGCAAGAUUGGCGAGUUCACCUUGAAUGAGAACGCGAUCAACUACUUCGCCGAGAUUGAGCAGGUAGCCUUCGCCCCAUCACACUUGAUUCCCGGCAUCGAGCCCUCCGCCGAUCCCGUCCUCCAGAGCCGUCUCUUCUCUUACGCAGACACUCACCGCCAUCGCCUGGGCGCAAACUACCAGCAACUCCCAGUCAACGCACCCCGCACAGCAUACAAGUUCGGUAACUUCCAGCGUGACGGUCCCAUGGCAUUCUACAACCAAGGUAGCCGUCCCAACUACCUUAGCAGCAUCGACCCCAUCAGCUUCAAGGAGCGCAAGGUUGAUGUCGACAAGACGCAUGGCAAUUUUGUUGGCACUGCUGUCAACUGGCUUUCUGAGAUCCGUCCUGAAGACUUCAUUGCACCGCGAAAGCUGUGGCAAGAUGUAUUUGACGAUGGUGCUAAGGAGCGCUUCAUUAACAAUGUAGCAGGCAAAAUGGAAGUCUGCCCUGCGAAAGAGCCGCUGAAGCGACAGAUCGCCAUCUUCCGUGAGGUCGACCCAGACAUCGCUGCUCGGCUAGAGAAAGCCACUGGUAUCAAAGGAUACGCAGGAAUCGCCGAUAUGCACUUCAACGGAACGCAUAAUGCUAUGAAGAAGGGUAAGACUGACUUCGCGAACCAUUUGACUGCACAUACUGCUGGCGUCAACGAGGCAAACGUCAAUGGGGGACCGAUCUUUGGAUCACAUCAGGGUGCGAUCCUCACCCUCGCGAACGCACCUGGCCUAUCCAACUUCCAGAUAACGCAAAGUCUUACGAUCUGUAUCACGCCACGAGAAAAAUAUGUCCGCACCGAACUCACACCCGUUGCGUGGCCUCCGCAGGCAGACCCGACCCCAGCAGAACUACAAAUAUCCUUGAAAGCGUUGACUACCCUGCUACCAGCUUUUACGGCGCUCGAGAGUUUCUCAUUCUAUGUCACGGCUAAUUCGUUACGUGGACACUGGCAAGACUUCUACAUCGAAUGUGGAUGGCUUUCCGAGAUCAUACUGGCUCUGCCGCGGACGCUCCGACAUCUCGAGAUCGACACCAAGGCUAGAGACCGAGUGAGCAAGGGUGAGCGGCAGUUCUGCUCAGCACUCGCUGGUCGAUUGCAGGGACUAGAAACCUUGCGGCUGCACGUUGGAAAUCUUUGCACCGACCUCUUCAAACCUUCCACGACAUUGCGCACCCUGUUCAUCAACCUCUUGAGCACCAAACUCAUCACGGAAGUUCAGAUUUGUGCCCAUAGCCAGCCAUGGAAGCCCGAAGAUCUUUGGUGCACCAGACAAGACACAGGCCAUGCCACGCGACGAGGUCUUGUUACAGCUGCUUCAACAAUCAUCCAACAGCUUCCUGCCCUCAAAGUCUUCACCGUACUCGACUCCAACUACAUACGUACGUCCGCGGAUGCUCGCGAGGUCAGCGCCAUCUUCGUCAGGAAUCAAGUUCGCAACCAGACCACGGCUAUCCCUGUGGCUGCGGUCUACGAUCGUGUCGAGGGCUCCACCAAUACCAUGCUUUUCAGAUGCCCUGAUGCAAUCAUGCAAUCUCAAGAUAUCGUUGGCACGGUCGGAAACGUCGAGGAGCUCCUGGAGGGUCAGAUUUGGCACUCAACAGAUAUGAGUGCGAGACUGCCCGAUGCAGUCAAGAACUCUGCUCAAGGCCAGACGCGUGCAUGGAGACCUCUUGGCAAGUACUGGAAGUGCGAAGCACUAUUCGGUCCUUCGACUCGCUUUGAUUAUUUCAUGAUCAAGGAUGGUUUGGAUUUUGAUCAGAGGUUCAAAAUACCACAGUGGAAGUCACAAGCGCAGCUUGAUGCAGAACCCCUGUCACCCGAGACUGAUGCCGCCCUGCUGGACGCGGAAAUCACGUCACUCGAGACUGAUACCCUGCUGGAGGAGCUGCGAGAGCGGUUCGGGCAUCCUUAUGAAGAGGAAGACGGCGAAGCCACGUUCAACGAGGACGAUGAUCUGACGUCCGACAACGAUUGA